UAUUCUUUAAAAUAAUUUAGUAAUGAUUUAAUGUAAUUUAAAUUUCUUUAAAACUAUUUUUUGAAAAAAUAAUAUUGAAUAUUCGCGCCAUAAGACAAUCAAUCAUUUAACAGUAAUAACGCUUGCGCAGUUGCGUUCAAUAUAACUCAUUGUCAAUUUGGCAACUCUGCAUCAGUUGCAAAUCUGCUUUGAAAGUUCGAGCCUGUCUGUGAUUUCUGUUUCUUUCUAUUAACUGAUUUUACGAAUAAUAUAUUGGACCAGGAUAUCUUCCAAGAUAAACAAUCAUGGCAAAAAUGGUCGAAAUGAAACCCUAUCAACUAGUAAAUUUCAUUGAAGAAGAUGAACAGACAAUAACGAGAUCUGUGGACAUUACGUUAUUAAAAUGGAUUCGGUGCGACCAAUCAAGAAAUAAAUUGGUUACAAAAUAUAUGCCAGGACCAUAUAAUGACAAGACUAAUAAAAUAUUAUACAAUUUAAUAAAGAAAAAUGAAGCUCCUCGUGAUAAUUGGCCAGAGUAUGAUAUUAAAAUAGUUGGACAUGCAGACACCUACGAACAAGCGAUCAAUAGAAUCAAUUAUUUGAAAAUUCAAGAAUUUGCCUACACCACAGAUCCCGAAAUAAACAAAAAUGAGAAAAGAAAAAUAAUUGAACAUCAAAUUAAAUCAUCAUAUGAAACAUUGCCAGAUGUGCCGAGAUUUACACAAGAAGUAAUUAUACCUUCCUCAAAAGCUGAUGAACCGAAGGAUAAUAAAGGAAAAAAAAAGCAAGGAAGAAAAUUACAAGAAGAAGUGUCAGACCAUCAACCAAAAAUUAAAAAAGUAAAAACUUCUGCACUGGAUACUCGGACGGAAAGCGAAUUCAGUCAUUUAUUAUUCUACCAUGAUGACGAAAGCAGCAGUGACCUGAGUGACGGAAAAUCAAGUAACAACCGUGAAAAAACAGCAAUAGACAAUGCCGAUCUUACAUUUUUGGAUGGAUUACCUUCUACAUCAACAGCCAAUUUACGAAACUCGAGUAACAACCGUGAAAAAACAGCAAUAGACAAUGCCGAUCUUACAUUUUUGGAUGGAUUACCUUCUACAUCAACAGCCAAUUUACGAAACUCGAGUAGCAACCGUAAAAAGACUGCAAUAGACACUGCUGAUCGAAUAUUUGUGGAUAAUUCAGCUUCUACCUCAACAGGCAAUUUACAAAAAGGGAAUAAAAAUAAUAUUAAAAACAAGAAUCUAUUGAAGGACGAUAACAAUUCAAAGUAUCAAUUUAUCCUAAAGGAUUUAGUUCUAAUAAAAAAUAAAGUGGAAAAAAUAGCUGACGAUAUAACAGUGAUAAAGGCCAUUCUUCAAUCGAAUAAAGCUGCAAUGUACUCGGGCCAAAAAAGUUUUGAAGAAGAUUUUAAAUUGCAAUUGCCUUUUACAACAUUCGAAGAUUUUUCUAAGUUCUCCGAAACUUUGUCAACAAACGAAGAAUGUUGUAAUCGAUUCAAAGCUUUUAUUGAUUACUUAUCGAUUAAUACAGAUGAUGGAAUUAGAAGAUCAUUGACUAUAAUUAUAAAAAAAUUUUUCUCAAGAGAAUUAGUUGGUUUAUUUACGGCAGCAAAAAAAAUGCCAAACAAACAUUUAUUCAAGGAUUUUGAAUUUUGUAAAAAAUUAUUAGAAGUUUAUGUUAUAAAGUUUUCUACUGCUGAGGAAAGUGUACUUUCUCACAUCGGGGCCGUUUUUAGCAAUUCAAAAGACUGGGACGGACAACGAAAGACAAGAUAAAACCAGUUUCAGAAGUUUUAUUAUCAGUAUUAUAAUUCAUCAUCUUACAAGAUUCUUAUAAUUUUAUAUUUGCUAUUUAAUUUUCUAUUUAAAAAGUUGUCUAAUCUAUUAGUAAAAAAUGUUUAUAAAACUGUUAUCAUAAUCCAUUGUUUAUUGACAUAGUCAAUUUAAAAAGUU